GCAAUUACUAUAAAUAAUACGGAGUAAUUGAGACCGUUUCUGGCAUUUUUCGAACACCUUGAGAACAAGCAUUAAAAUAAGCUGUUUUAAAACCGGCCUCCUCUAGCCCUCUAGCUAUUGCUCGCCGGCAUUGUUAAAGGUCUCCUCUAACUUCUGGUCUUUCAGAGAUGGAGAAUAGUAAAGUAAAAGAAGAGACUGUUCUCGGUCUUACGUACAAAAAAGAUGAAAGCUUUUGGAAAUGGUAUUCUGAGGUGGUCACUAAAGGUGAAGUGAUUGAGCACUAUGAAAUAUCUGGCCUUUUCACUUUGCUUCCUUGGGCUAUAUCCAUCUGGGAGAUUAUAAAAAGCUUCUUUGAUGCUGAAAUUAAGAAAAUGAAGAUUAAGAACUGCUACUUCCCACUUUUUGUGUCUCCUGUGAAUCUACAAAAACAAAAGGACUAUAUGGAGCAGUUUGAAUCUGUGCUUGCUUGGGUUACAAAAACCGGAGAGUCUGAAGUGGAAAUCCCUUUCACAAUUCGUCCCAGCAGUGAAACAGUUAUGUAUCCUUACUUCUCUAAGUGGAUUAGAGGUCACCGUGAUUUGCCUUUGAGACUUAAUCAAUGGUGCAAUGUUGUGCGGUGGCAGUCCAGCCAUCCCACUCCUCUCAUAAGGAGUCAUGAAUAUCUAUGGCAAGAAGGGCAUACAGCAUUUGCAACAAAGGAGGAAGCAGAGGCUGAGGUUCUUGAUAUUUCUGAGCUGUAUAGAAGUAUAUACGAAGAGUAUUUAGCAGUUCCAGUCACCAAGGGACGGAAAAGUGAGAUCGAGAAGUUUGCUGGUGCACUUUAUACUACCACCAUUGAGGCUUUUAUUCCGAACACUGGUAAUGGUAUACAAGGUGCGGCUGUGCACUGCUUGGGGAACAAUUAUGCGGAAGCAUUUGAGAUAUAUUUUGAGAAUACAAAAGGAAAAACGGAUAAGGUUUGGCAGAAUUCAUGGGCAUUCAGUACCAGAGCGAUUGGAGUGAUGAUCAUGGUUCAUGGGGAUGAUAAAGGGUUGGUUUUUCCACCAAAAGUUGCACCAAUCCAAGUGGUUGUUAUCCCUGUGUCUUACAAGGAGGAUGCUGACACCAAACUGAUUUUUGAAGCAUCUGCUGCCACUUUUAAGAACUUGGUGGAAGCUGGCAUUCGUGUGGAGGCAGACAUCAGAGAACACUAUUCAUCUGACUGGAAAUGUUCUAACUGGGAACUGAAGGGGGUUCCUCUUAGGAUUGAAAUACAUCCUGAAGACCUUUCCAAUGACCAGGUAAGAGUUGUGAGGCGUGACAAUGGUGCUCAAACUGAUAUUCCACUGGCUAACAUGGUUGAUCAUGUAAAAGAUGUACUUGCUGAUAUUCAAAAAAAUCUUUUUGACGUUGCAAAACAAAAGCGAGAUGACUGUAUCGAGAUUGUUGACACCUGGGAUGAGUUUGUGAAUGCUCUGAACAGAAAGAAGGUUGUCUUAGCUCCAUGGUGUGAUGAAGAGGCUGUUGAGAAAGAUGUGAAAGCAAGAACAGUAGAGAAUAUGAGUUCGAUAAAAAGCAUUUGUUCUCCAUUGGAGCAGCCUGAGCUAACUAAAGGAGUAAUGUGCUUUGCAUCUGGAAAACCUGCCAAGAAAUGGACUUACUGGGGUCGAAGCUUGUGAUACGAUUGAUCAACGAUGAAUUGGUUGUUAGAUAUUUGACAUUUGGAUCAUUCUAAAUUUCUUUUUAUUGAAAACAAAUAACUUAAUUAAUAAUAAAAUUGAGUAUCAGAUACAAAUUCGCCAU